GGCAGUGAAUCGUGUCAAAGCAGACGAAGGUGUGGGCUGAGCAGGAUUAGCGUCUUUAUUUUUGCGCUAUUCACCGCCAACAUAUGUAACACCAGGAUUUUCAUCUUUUGUCUCAUUAUAUUCUUCCUUAUUUUUGUAGCAAAGCCUAUGUAGGAGGAGAGGAGGAGUAGGAGGAGGGGGCCAUGGAGGCGGAUAACACAGAGGAUAUUGAAUCUCUGAUGGAGGACAUGGAAUAUAUCCCCGGUCACUUCCACUUGGACUUAAACCUCAACUGUGAUCCUUCUGGACCUGUGAAACUGAGGCACAGAGACACAUACCUGAAACAGGAGAGCCUCAGGGGGGAGCUGGAGGCUGAAGCCGGAUAUUUACAGUAUGCUGUUCGGAAUCUUCUCGGCCUGCUGGCUUUUCACCUCGACCAUCUUCACACCGCUGAGGAAAUAUUCAGGGGCAUUUGUAAAGAAGACCCGGGUAACCUCAAUGCUUGGGCCAAUCUGGGUUAUGUGUACGACAAGCUGGGAAGAGAGCUGGAUGCUGCAGAAUGUGUGGAGAAAGUGUCCCAGCUCAUGGACUUAGAAAAUGGAGAGAACCCCAAAGACGACACACGGCACAUGGCGGCCCGCUGCCUGGCCGAACAGGCCUACGUUUACCCGUAUGAUGUGGAGCUGGACAGAGACGAGGACCUGAGGGAGAGACUUACUGCGGCCCUGAUGCUGUAUAAGAGAGCACUGAACUAUGGGGGUCAACUGAUACCAGUAGAGGAAAAAAGAAGCUGGUACUUUAAGAUGGCAACCAUUUAUAUAAAACUGGAUGACAUCGUCAAGACUAAAGAGGAUGUGGAAUAUUCCAGACUUUCUCACUAUAACAAAGGACUGAGACUUCUCAGACAAACGCUUGAAUCUGAGAAACCACAACAAAAAGCCCUCUCCUGGUGUUACAUUGGCAUCAUGCUGGAGAGACAGGAUGAGUUCAUCGCAGUGCCCAUGUCGGUACACGACUGUGGCUACUCGGCCACUGAUCCUCUAUCCUGCUAUGGAACUGCCAUAAAGUUGGCAAAUGAUGACGCAUUCAUCCUCAACCUCCUGGCCAAGCUGUUUUUUCUGCUGGGCAAACACGAGAUGGCCACGGGGAUCUGCAACAUGGCUCUCAACGUGCUUCCAGAUCCAGAGCUCAACUGGCAGGCGUACUGUACCCUCGCCAAGAUCAACACAAUGCUUUACAUCAGGGAUCUACAAAAGGCCAAAAUCGGGGAAGGCGGAAUCCCGGACAGACAAAUGCUAACUGAAGCCCGGAAAAACCUGGAUAAAGUUUUAACCGUGUGUCCAAGUUUGAGGACCCACCUGGAGAUGGCACAGGUGUACUACUACAUGGGUGUAGAUGCGCUGCAGGAGAGCCUUUUGGUGGACGAAGGAGCAAUAAACAACGCCUUGGUGAGUCUGUCUCAUACGCUGCAGUACGAACUGGGUGACAGCUUGCCUGAAGUCCAUUUGCUCAGAGGACGCUGCCUCCUGCUGAAAGGCGAGGAACAAAACGCCGCAGACUGUUUCAAACACGCUCUGGACUUGGAGAGACCCGCAGGCGUCGAUACCACAGCCCUGCGCUGCCUCCUACAGGCCUUACUGGCUCUGUUCAUGCAGGGGGACCCCGACCCCGUACACAUCAUCACCCAGAUGGAGCAGUGCGUGCAAAAAGCGGAGGAGAAGUACCCCGAGUAUGUGGUUAAAGCCGAGCUGAGGUGGCUUUACAGGACAAACACAGCGGAGGUCACGGAGUUGUCUCGGGCGCUCAUCAGGAGCGGACGACUCGAACUGGUCAGGAGGCUUCUGGAGACGGUGGCGCCGAAACAAACCAAGAAGAGACCGUUUACAAGAUCUUUCUCCUUUGCUUGAUGCAAAAGUACACUAUACUAUACUAUACUAUACUUUACUGUGAACUCGACUACUCUACUAAAAUGAGUAGUAUUUUAAAGCAGACACCAGGAUGCUGCAUUUGGAUUCAAUGCCUGCUUCCAUAGAAUAAGACAGGUGGGGGCGGGUUUAGGUAGUUGGAGGCUAAAGAAGAACUUAGUGAGUGUCAAUUUCUCCACCUGACCAUCCAGUUGUUCUUUCCUCGUCAAGCCGAACACAAUAAGCACUAUAUGGAAUGGAUGGAUUGACAUGUGACUUUAUAUAAUAAUAAUAAUAAUAAUGGUAUUACUGUCUUCAGUGUGUAUCUUCAGAUAUCAUUAAAAUAAGGUGAAACUGCUUGGCUGGAGUGUGGGGGUUGUUUUUUGAAUGUUAUUACUAGUUUUAAUUAUCUGUGUUGCACAUCAUCAUCGUUCAGGGAAUAAAAUAUUAAUAAUGCUUACAAAUAAAAAAAUACAAAUUUCCACUCAUGACAUACUAUAGAUAAGAAGAGUAGUG